AUGGCGACGAUGUUGAUGUGUGUCCACAUUCAGGGCCCCACAAAAGUCUUCAGCACGAAAACAAAGGCAUUUCUGCUCCUACCCCACUGGACUGGCGACUCCGAAGCGCUCAUGGAGUACAGGGAUUCUCGAUUCGAGACCCCUGAAGCGUUUGAUGCUCAUCAUACUCCCCAUUGCGACUCCACCCUGUACCAGACAGCUGUCAAAGACCCCAGACCGCCUAGAAGUUGCGAGGUUGGUGUUGGCGAUAGACGGAGCGAAUGGGAAAAGCUACCUGUCCGUAGACGUACAGGAGCUAUGUCCAAUCAGAAGCGUAAGGCUGAUGGCCACGUUGAAGAUCUUUCGAGCAUCGCAGUGGAGUCGGAAUCUCGUCCAACCAGUGCACUGUGGGCCACUUUACCUCGAUCCACCAACGGCUUGCAUCCUGCAACCAAACCGGGUAAGAGCUCAGCCUCACAAAGCGGCUCUGGGAGAGAUCAACGUCUUUGCAAUGUCAACGAUGAGGCCUCAAUUGAUGCUCUGGCUCUACAAGAGGCCUCCAUAUCACAACUGUACAACCCCAAACCUUAA